AUGGCUGAUAUUCAAAGGCGUUUACAAGAACUGCGUAGUGAACUGGAUGACAGUAUCGAGAGUUACUGUUCUCGGCAACAAACUUGGCUUAGCCAUUGUAGUAAUGUUGCGCGGUCUGUAUUUAUGGCUAGCAGUAUUGCAAAUCGUCGAGUUUUGCACAUAUUGCAUCAGAAUCAGGCUGAGACUUCUAUACAGAUAUCGAAGUUAAGUAUCGCCAGUUUUCUGUGA